AUGAAGAUGGUCGAUGAAAAGGUGGAAAGAAAAUAUAUGGGGCAAUCCUAUUAUUCUGAUUCAGUGACCAUCAUGUUGAAGGGGAAUGAAGUUGUAUUACCAAGAAUUCUGACCAUCUUCAUGGCCAUUGACUUAUCGCACAACAAAUUUAGAGGAGAGAUUCCAAAUGUCAUCCGAAAACUUCAUGGACUUCGGGAAAUCUAUGGUAGCAUACCUCGAGGCAACCAAUUUGAAACAUUUGAAAAUAGCUCAUACAAUGGGAACCUGGCAUUAUGUGGAUUUCCACUGUCGAAGGAAUGUGGAGAUAGUAAGACAUCACAACUGCAUCCAACAUCUAUGUUGCACAAGGAAGAUGAUCCAACUUUUGCGGGUGAAUUUAAUUGGAAAGUGGUAGGGAUGGGGUACGGAUGUGGAAUGGUAUUGGGUUUGGUAAUGGGAUAUCUUAUGGUCUUUAUUGGAAAAUGGCAGAAGAAAGGGAAAAGGUCAUACAAGAGUGGUGACACUGUGGAAGAAUAA